AUGUAUUCUCUACCUAUUGAAAUUCAACUUGAUGUAUUAAAAUGUCUUGACUUUGAUCAAUUAUUCUCUUUUAAACAAACGAAUUUUUACUUUCGAAAUUUGGUUAAUCAAUAUGAAAAUGGAUUGGCUAGAAUGAAAUUUUAUCAACUCGAAAUGGAUAGUUUUCAGCAUUACGUUCUUCUCAUGUCAGAAACAUACAAAAUUAUUAAACCCGAUUCUUUAACGUUUGAAUUUACUCUAAAUGAUCGACUUUUGAAAAAGUGGAAAGUAGCUAUAGCUGAAUCCAUUCCGUUGUUUUUACAUUAUUCUGAAUCUGUUGAAAAUGGAAGCUUUUAUGUUUGUUUGGAGAAAACAGGUUUGAACUUUAAGAAAGAAAAUUUUUGUUGUUGGAUCCGGAUUUUAAGAUUAUUUAUUAUUAGUUUUUUAAAAUAUUAUUUUAAUGUUUUUCCUUUUAUUUAA